AUGGCUGACGUCGUACGUCAACGCCGGCCUCCCAACCUCCGCCUUAAGCUGCCGGAGCCCUCCCCUUGCUUCCCCAUCCCCACCAUCUCCUCCGCCACAGACCUCACUCCUAACGACGUUGAAAAGCUUCAAGUUCUUGGCCACGGAAAUAGUGGCACAGUCUACAAGGUUCGCCACAACCGCACUUCUAACAUCCACGCUCUGAAGGUCGUCCAUGGCAGUUCCGACACAAUGAUUUCCCGCCAGGUCCAGCGGGAGAUAGACAUCCUCCGACGGACGGACUCCCCAAAUGUAGUAAAGUUCCACGGUUUCUUUGAGACGCCGUCCGGCGAUGUGGGGAUAUUGCUAGAGUACAUGGACUUGGGAACGUUGGACACGCUGCUGAAGAACAACGGCACCUUCUCUGAGUCUCAACUCGCAGCGGUGGCGCGUCAAGUUCUCUCUGGGCUGAGCUAUCUCCACGAUAAAAAGAUCAUCCACCGCGAUAUCAAGCCAUCAAAUCUCCUAGUGAAUCAAAAGAUGGAAGUAAAGAUCAGCGAUUUCGGAGUCAGCAAGGUUUUGUCUAGGACGUUGGACACGUGCAAUUCAUACGUUGGUACAUGCGCGUACAUGAGCCCGGAACGGUUCGACCCGAAUAGUUAUGGCGGGAAUUAUAACGGGUAUGCGGCUGAUAUAUGGAGCUUAGGGCUCACCUUAUUUGAACUCUAUGUGGGUCACUUUCCCCUUCUAGAGGAGGGUCAGAGACCCGAUUGGGCUCAAUUGAUGUCUGCCAUUUGUUUCAACGAACCACCAACCUUGCCGGAGAGUGCGUCCGACGACUUUCGGAGCUUCAUGGAGUGCUGCUUGAAGAAGGAAUCAAGUGAGAGAUGGACAGCGUCUCAGCUUUUGGCCCACCCGUUUCUAUGUCCACAAUAA